AUGUUUCCAUUAAUAGAAUGUUACGUCAAACUCGAGAGAGUGAGAACAGCUUUACCACAGAAAACAGAGCAUGAAUCACCCAAUCAUACUGACAAUGAAUCCUUUAAAUCUGAUGAUAAUAAUUCUCAAAAAUCAACUGACGCUCAUCUGGAUUUAUCUAUUAAUAAACCAUUGUCUCCAACAAGUAGUAUUACUUCUCAAAGGAAGUUGGAAUGGGAUUCUUUGGGUGAUGUUGGAUAUGGUAAUGAAAGUGAAAGAAAAGCCUCGGGUUCUAGCCUUAGUACUUUAGAGAGGCUAGCACUGCAUCAACAGUUAUCUAACAAUGAUAAUAAUACUCAAUUUGGUGCUCCACCCAAA